AUGCCUCCAGAUAUGCCUAUAAAUAAACAAGUCAUGAUUUCCUGGUUACGGAAAAACUUGCUAUUGGUGUUGACCAUUGCAUCGGUCGUCCUUGGAGCAUUAUGCGGAUUUGCUCUUCGAGGAUUAGAGCUCAGCCCCCAGAACAUUAUGUAUAUCAGUUUUCCUGGAGAGCUGCUCAUGCAUAUGCUCAAAAUGAUGAUUCUACCAUUGAUCAUGAGUUCGCUUAUCUCUGGCCUUGCUCAACUUGAUGCAAAACAAUCUGGAAAACUUGGAACUCUUGCUGUGAGCUAUUACGUAAUCACCACAAUCGUUGCUGUCAUUACUGGAAUCCUGCUGGUUCUCAUUAUUCACCCAGGAGAUCCAACCAUUAAGAAGGAAAUUGGAACCGGAACGGAAGGAAAAACUGUGAGCACUGUUGACACUCUUCUUGAUCUUCUCAGGAACAUGUUCCCAGAAAAUGUCGUCCAGGCUACUUUCCAGCAAGUCCAAACAAAAUACAUUAAAGUCCGUCCGAAAGUAGUAAAAAACAAUGAUUCGGCAACAUUAGCCCUUCUCAACAACGGAAGUCUUGACUAUGUCAAAGCUUCUGUUGAAUACACGAGUGGAAUGAAUGUUCUUGGAGUUAUCGUUUUCUGCAUUGCUAUCGGAAUCAGUCUUUCUCAGCUUGGAGAAGAGGCCAAUGUUAUGGUUCAAUUCUUCGUCAUCAUGGAUAAAGUUAUCAUGAAGCUAGUCAUGACUGUCAUGUGGUAUUCUCCAUUCGGAAUCUUUUGUAUGAUCAUGGGAAAAAUUCUUGAAAUUCACGAUUUGGCUGAUACUGCUCGUAUGCUUGCUAUGUAUAUGGUUACUGUUCUCUCUGGAUUAGCUAUCCACUCCUUGAUUUCAAUUCCGUUGAUCUUUUUCCUCACCACAAGAAAGAACCCAUAUCUCUUCAUGAAAGGUCUCUUUCAAGCAUGGAUCACCGCUCUCGGAACAGCUUCCAGCUCGGCUACUUUGCCAAUUACCUUUAACUGUCUUGAACAAAACUUGGGUGUUGACCGUAGAGUUACGAGAUUCGUGUUGCCUGUUGGAGCCACAAUUAAUAUGGAUGGAACUGCAUUGUAUGAAGCUGUCGCUGCCAUCUUCAUUGCACAAAUAAACGGAGUUGAUUUGUCGUUUGGACAAGUUGUCACUGUCAGUUUGACUGCUACUCUUGCUUCAAUCGGAGCUGCCUCUGUUCCGUCAGCUGGAUUGGUCACUAUGCUUCUUGUUCUUACCGCUGUUGGACUUCCGGUUAAGGACGUUUCUCUUAUUGUUGCUGUUGAUUGGCUCUUGGACAGAAUUCGUACUUCUAUCAACGUUCUUGGUGAUGCUAUGGGUGCAGGCAUCGUCUACCAUUAUUCGAAGGCUGAUCUCGAAAACCACGAUCGCAUCGCUGCUGCUACUAGAAGCCACUCGAUCGUAAUGGCCGACGAAAAACGCCCAUUGGCCGUUUACAAGGCUCUGCCGACUGAUGAUGAGAAACUCCAUCAUUGA